AUGCGGCGGCCCUCCCUCCGUCCCACCCCAGGAGUGAGGAAGAGGAAGCGGAGGAGAGUCCGUCCCUCUCUCUCUGCCUGUCUGCCGCAAAAGCCAAAUCCCCUCCCAUUUCCACGAGAAAUCCAUCGGAAUCGCACCCGAAACCGCGAAGACGAGCAGCGAGGCCGACGCCGAACAAAUCUCCCCCCUGUCUGUCUGCCCCCUUCGCAAAGCCCGUCCCUUUCCUCUCUUGUUCCGCCUGAAGCCUCCUCCCCCCUUGUUCCUGUCCCCUUCCCGCGCGCCGGAUCGAUCUUGCUUGGCGGCUCGGCCAUGGCAUUGCCCGCGCGCCUCGUGCGCGUCGCGCUGCUCCUCCUCGUCGCGCUCUCCUUCUGCGUCGCCGGCACGCACCGCGAGCCCCACCGGGCGCUCCACUCCGGCCAAGAUACACAUGGCCUGGUGGUGAGAAGAUCAGUUGCUGAAGCUCCUGCUGACAUAAAUGUCACUACCAAUAGCUCCUUCGUGUUGGCGGAACACCGGACUUUUCGGAAGGACCCUCUGAAUGCGUUCAACAGAUAUGCAGGCGGUUGGAAUAUCAGCGAAGUUCACUACUGGGCUUCCGUUGGAUACACAGCGUAUCCGUUGUUCGUCGUUGCCUUGCUGUGGUUUGUGCUAUUCUUCCUCCUCAUGCUUGGGAUUUGCUGCCACCAUUGCUGCUGUGGGCACCAAGGUUAUAGCUACUCGAGGAUAGCAUAUGCCCUUUCACUGAUACUUCUGAUAUUAUUCACCUGCGCCGCAAUUGCUGGAAGUGUUGUGUUGUAUGUUGGCCAGGGCAAAUUCCAUGCAAGCACAACGACCACCUUGGAUUUUGUCGUCGACCAGGCGGAUUUUACUGUUGAAAACCUUAGGAACCUCUCGGAUAGUCUGUCCGCUGCAAAAAAGGUUGACAUAGGACAGUUCUUACUUCCUCCAAAUGUGAUGGGUGAGAUCAAUGAGAUUCAGGCAAAAUUGAACACAUCAGCUACCGAUCUUUCUACUAGAACAUCUGAAAAUUCUGUGAAGAUCCAAAAAUUGCUGAAUCAAGUGCGGCUAGCUUUGAUUAUCAUUGCAGCAGUAAUGCUUCUUCUGGCAUUUAUUGGCUUCCUGUUAUCCAUCCUCGGGCUGGAAUUCCUUGUCAACAUUUUGGUUGCUGUUGGAUGGAUACUAGUCACCGGGACCUUUAUCCUGUGCGGUGUAUUCCUUCUUCUGCACAAUGUUGUUGGUGACACCUGUGUUUCAAUGGACGAGUGGGUUGCUCAUCCAACAGAACACACUGCUCUGGAUGACAUUAUCCCCUGUGUUGAACCGGCUACGGCGAACGAGACCCUGACACGAACCAAGGAAGUCACAUCACAGCUAGUGAAUCUGGUGAACCAGGUGCUCUCCAAUGUGUCAAACCGAAACUUCCCUCCGGCGGCGACUCCCUUCUACUACAACCAGUCAGGGCCACUGAUACCCACACUCUGCAACCCGUUUGGACCCAAUCUGAGCAAGCGCACCUGCGCCCGCGGAGAGGUCACCUUGGACAAUGCAACCCAGGUCUUCAGGAGCUUCGAGUGCCAGACGAGGAUUGUGUCAGGGACCGAGGUGUGCACGACGGUGGGGCGGCUGACCCCUCGGAUCUUCGGGCAGAUGGCGGCGGGCCUGAACGUGAGCCUGGGGCUGUACCAGUACGGGCCGUUCCUGGUGCAGCUGCAGGACUGCACCUUCGUGCGCGACACCUUCAGCAACAUCAGCCAGAACUACUGCCCGGGGCUGGAGCGGUACAGCAGGUGGGUGUACAUCGGGCUGGUGCUGGUGUCGGCGGCCGUGAUGCUGUCCCUCAUCUUCUGGGUGAUCUACGCCAGGGAGCGGCGCCACCGGGCGUACAACAAGGCGCACCGGGGCGACAAGCCGGUGCCGAUGGGCGGGAAUGCCUGA